AAAAUCAUUACUUCUUACAGAGAGGAGAAAAACACUCAAAAAGUUGGAAGAAAAAAAUGGAAACUUUUUCUGAUCUAUCAUCAACAACAACAACAAGAUCCAGGUCUUGUGAAAGCUUUUUUAAUGAUGGUGUUGAGCAAAUACCAGAGGUAGUGGAAGAGGAAGAAGAACUAAUGGAGGAGAUUUCUUGGAAUACCAACACACCACAAAGUGGCUGGUUCAGGAAUGUUGAGGAGCCAUGGUUGAAUAGUAGAUCUCAAAAGAAGAAAAAUCAAGUCUUUCUUGAAGGGUAUGUAGAAAAUUCAGAUGAAGAUGAACUAGGGAGGACAAAGAGUUUGACAGAUGAUGAUUUGGAGGAGCUUAAAGGGUGUUUGGAUCUUGGUUUUGGGUUUAGUUAUGAUGAAAUUCCUGAGCUUUGUAAUACUUUACCAGCUCUUGAACUUUGCUAUUCUAUGAGCCAAAAGUACCUUGAUGAACAGCAAAAGUGUUCUGAUGCUAUGUCUGAUACUGGUUCUUCAGGAUCUGGUCAUGUUGCUAAUUGGAAGAUCUCAAGUCCUGGUGAUGAUCCUGAAGAUGUGAAAGCAAGGCUGAAAUACUGGGCUCAAGCUGUGGCGUGCACCGUUAAGUUAUGUAACUAAAAAGGGAAGAAUGGAAGCCAAGAAAAGCUUAAUGCAAAAAACAAAGAGAUGAGAGGAGAAAUGAGAUGAUCUUUUCUUCAUAUGGAAGAGUACUUGUGCUCUCUUUGCCUGGAUCCUGAAAAAAAGGCUAUGGCCACAAGGCCAACAAGGUACCUCAUGCUUUACCUGAAGAUUGAUUCAAAAAGAAUCAUGUCCAUGAUGGGUAGGCAAAGUAGAAGAAUAUACAUGAAGAGGAAGGAAGAGAUGUUUCAGGUCUAAGAUUAACCAACACAUGGAAUAAAUUUAACCCUGAUAUAACUUUGUGUAUCAGUUUUAGUCCAAGAUUGAAGUAAUCAAAAUCUCAAUUCUUCUUCAUGUUUUAAUUUUGUUUUCUUAUGUAUUGCUGAUCAAAAUACUGUUCUUGGUUAUGAUAAAUCAAGUCUCUUCCUUGUCUGGU